UCCCGCAGGAUCCCUUGGGCGUAGGAGAUUAUCCUCCAUCAGUAGACUGGGAAGCUUCCGGCGCUCUGGCACCCGUAAGACGUCAGUCGAUUAAAGGAAAGAGGUGUGGAAGCUGUUACGCGAUCACUGCCGCAGUCGUUAUGGAGAGUCGUUUCAAGAUCGAACUCGCACAGCCUAGAGUCGUCCCUUUCUCCGUUCAGCAGUUGGUGGACUGUAGUAGGCCGUACGGCAAUAUAGGUUGCCUUGGAGGGCUAUCUCGAGACUCUUACGCAUACUCGAAAGCGGAAGGCAUUGUGAAAGAGUCCAGUUAUCCCUAUGUGUUCGAGGAAAACCCAUGCAAGAGGAGUGUCGUUAAGAACCCUGAAGAUCAAUGCAUUAGACCAGGCGACAUUGGCCAUCUUGCCUCCAUACCGGCGGCGAAUGAGGAGGCGAUGUUAACGGCCGUGGCGAGGGGACCUGUGGCUGUCACUUUAUAUGCGGCUCCGGCAUUUGAGAACUACAAAGCAGGUAUCAUAAAAGUUUCCGCUUGUGAUCAGAAGAAAACUGACCACGAGGUGGUCAUCGUCGGAUACAACACUGCACCAGACGGGACACG